AUGGAUCAUAGAGAAAACUCCAAGAGUGAGAAAUCUCUUUGUGAGCAAUCAAUGCAGGUUGUAGUAAAUAUCUUAAGGCUAUCCUCUUUCUCCAUUGCACAAACAACCCUUGGAGUUUCUACUACUAGAAAAUCAGGGAAGGCUAAAGAUAGUUUUUCAGAGUCAGAUUAUUCUGAUAAUGAAACUAACAAGGAAAAAUUAGUUUCCAAUCAACAAUUUCCUGCAAGUACCAGAAGGUCACAACAGCCGCAGAGCCGCGCAAACCCUACAUAUCUUAUCAAGUCAGUUGGAAGCCAUGAUUCAACUGAAUAUAUGAUUCAUAAAGAGAAUAGACUUCAUGAAGUUAAAUCAAAGAAAGAGCUUUGUGUUGACGGUUUGGCUUCUGAUUAUAUAAGUAAGAUACGUAACAAACUCGGCCGCAGUUUAUGA